GGACUUAGCGGUAUCCAGUGGUCAGCUCCGGGCAACAGAUGGCGGCGGCGGCGCGGAGGACAUCCAGGAGGAGCCCGGAGCAGCGAACAGAGCCGGCGGCCUGAUGAAGAACCAGAAGAAGCUUCACUCAUCCGGAACUCUUUGAGGAUUUCGGACCCACAUUCCUGGAUCUGCCUCUUUGCUUUUUCACCCCGGUUCCCCAGUGGAGGCCGCAGAAGCCUCGGGAUAGAUUUAGCGACACACCGGGGCCGUGUGCGAGACGGCGGCUGUGGAUUUGUUUGGAAAGUGUCAUAAAAUGAAUUAUUUUGGAUUUUUCUGGUUUUGAAGUAGCGACGUGUUUAUUCUUGACAGUCGAUUGUGUUUACGAGGACGGCAGAAGUGGACUUAAUGUGGAGUAGAAGAAAGUUAACUAGUUAGCUAGCUUCAAUGCUAGUUAGCUCCCUAGCAGCGAAACUCUUGCAUGUCGAAUGAAUGAAUGAACGAAUUGGCGACCGCCUGCAUUAAACUAGCCUCUGCUUCUUGUUCUUACACGAACUUAUCUUGUAUAUCGACGGAAAAGACGACACAAACAGGGAGAGCUACAGCCCUCACACCCUCAAAUGGACAGGAAUGCGAUUCCCUGGAGUUGGACAGCGGCGAUUUAGCUCCCAGAGAUAGCGCAGCGCUAAUACUGACCGGAGCCUGGUAAUGCCUCUGAGGCUGGGGCAAGCUCGCUUUAGCUAGCUACACAGAUUUGCACUACUUGGACUUGGCCGCAGCACAGAGAAGCCCACGCCCGGUUUGGAAUGGGGAACACGGUGUCAUGCUGCGUCUCUCCCGAGUCGAGCCCCAAGCUCCCGUCGAGACAACCGGCGGAGCGUCUGGAGGAGCUGCAGUCCAGCACCGAGGCGAGCGAUGACAACACGGUGCCCUACCUGCAGCACAUAAGCGACCGAGAGGUCCCCGAUGAGUUGGCAUUGGAGUCGAACCCUUCAGACCACGCCAGAGCGAGCACCAUCUUCCUUAGCAAGUCUCAGACAGACGUACGAGACAAGAGGAAAAGCAACCACAUAAAUCAUAUCAGUCAUGUAUCUCCUGGUCUAUUGUCAAAGAAAUACAGCUCCUGCUCCACAAUCUUCAUUGACGACAGCACCGUCAGCCAGCCAAACCUUAAAAGCACAAUCAAAUGUGUCACAUUAGCAAUAUACUACCACGUCAAAAACAGGGACUCACACAGGUCACUGGACAUCUUUGAUGAGAAGUUGCACCCCUUAUCAAGAGAACCAGUGCCAGACGACUACGCCCAUGUAGACCCCGAACACAAACUGAUCUACCGCUUUGUCCGAACGCUCUUCAGUGCUGCACAGCUCACAGCAGAAUGUGCCAUCGUCACUCUGGUGUACUUGGAGCGGCUGCUGACCUACGCUGAGCUGGAUAUCUGCCCCGCCAACUGGAAGCGAAUCAUCCUGGGAGCCAUCUUGUUGGCCUCCAAAGUCUGGGAUGACCAGGCUGUGUGGAAUGUCGACUACUGCCAGAUCCUUAAAGACAUCACUGUGGAGGACAUGAAUGAGAUGGAGCGUCACUUCCUGGAGCUUCUCCAGUUCAAUAUCAAUGUGCCAGCCAGUGUCUAUGCCAAGUACUACUUUGAUCUGCGGCAGCUGGCUGAUGACAACAACCUCAACUUCCCUCUGGAGCCUCUCAACAACCAGCGUGCCCAGAAACUAGAGGCCAUUUCAAGACUAUGUGAGGACAAGUACAAAGACCUGAGCCGAGCAGUGAUAAGACGAUCCUUCAGCGCUGACAACCUGAUAGGUAUACAACGCUCCAACGCUGUGCUGUCAUAGGCCACACUGCUGCCAUCUGCCCUCUCCCAAAGCCUAGCUAACCCACAGUACCCCCCCCAAACAUGGCUGCCUCACGGGGUUGACGCAGCCACACCAGGCAGUAUUCAGGCUUACCAUGCUACAGUGUGACCUGACUCAACAGAAAUUUACAUCACAGCUGUAGAGCUGCAUGAUUGUGAAACCUAAAACUAUUGUUUUUACAAUUUUUUUCUUUAUUUAUUUCUCAACUGGCCCUUAAUUCCCUGAUGACGUGUAUUAGAACUGGCUCUGGUGCAGUCGAUCACUAAGGAGUAGUCUUGGGAAUUGUCAUUAAGAUUUAAUUCUUGCAAAAAUAUUUCAACAUAGCCUUGAAGAUUAGAUUGGUGUUAGACGAUAUUUUUUAUGAUUCUCCAAAUCCCAUUAAAAUAAAACCACUGUUGUGCAAGUCAGUCUAAAAACGUUCUGACUCUUAACUAUCUGUAGCAGUUAAGACAGUUGGUUUGUUCUGUUAUUGGACAACAAAGACAUGAGAUAGCACACGGUUAUUUUGAGGUCAGUUUAUUCCUGGUUUUUUUUGUGGGAUUUGUGGACGAGAAAAGAAACCAUACAACAUCACCAAAAUAAAUAUUUGAAUAGGCACAACAAAUUCAAAAUACUAGGGCUGGGCGAUACGGGCAAAAAUAGUAUCUAGAUUAUCUAGAAAACAUUUAGAUAUAAAUAAUUAUCACAAUAUUUAUUACAUUAUUAUUUUCUGUAAAGUGAGACAGAUUUUUGAUCAUGAGUGGAGGUUGUGGUUUUAAACUCUUCUUUAUGAGCAGAGAAUUAUAAACACUUGAUAAAUCUGAGGUAGAACAUUAAAAUAAAAUUAAGUAGUAUACCUCCUUGCAUAAGCAAUAUAUUGGACUUUGGUUAUAUUUCUAUUCAUACUAAUUGUAUUAUGAUGAUUAUUGUAGUUAUAUCGCCCAGCCCUAAAAAUGUUCCUUCUUGUAAAUUAGAAAUCAAACCAAAAGAAAUUGAGAGUGUAAAUCAAACGUGUUUACUGUUGAUACCAGUGGUGUUGCAUCCUGUCUGAGUAAAUUAUCUACCUAUUUGGAUUUAGCAUAGAGCAUGUCUCAAAUGAGAAGUAUUAAAGUAUAAAUAUUCUACAGCAGCUGUCUGAAGUCAGCACAACUUCAGUCGACGGUCGUGUGUGUGUGUGUCAGGUGCCAAUCUGGGAUCAGCUUCACUUUGGAGAUAAACUCUACAUGUGGUCAAACUGGACACAUUUUACAGAUUCUGAAUCAGUUCUACUACAGACUGGCUCCAUGUAGCAGCUUAAACAUAAUGUAGGUUGGGUCCACACUGUCCAGGCUCAGUAUUGUGCCCCUCAAAUCCUGCCUCCCCCUCAGGGAGGCGCUCUACAGAUCACCAAGCCCCGUGCUUGUCCCAGACCCUGACCAGAGCUUAUGAACGAACUACAUAGAUGAGGGGGAAAAGAGACUGAUGGACACCCCCCUCCUUUUUGCUUACUAUGUAGGCCACUAGCUGUGAAAUUUGUCUUGUUUUUAAUUGAAAAGAAAAACAUUUGCAGAUGGAGUAUUUUAAAUAAACACUAAUCAUGUAA